GGCGACUCGGCCGAGGCCCUGGAUGCGUUCGGGGAGCGCCAGUCGCACCAGCCCUUCGGGGCGCGCCAGUCGCAGUCGCUGCGUGCUGGCCAGAACCUCGCCCGCGCCAUCGCGAGCAGGAGGAGGAGCAUGCAGCCGAGCAACAGCAUGGUCCCCAUCCACAGCGAGGUCAUCUCCCCGGCCAUCAGCAGCGCCCAGUCCGUGGCCGAGGGCGACGCAGGCUCGGGCCCCCCGAGCGACGCGUCGCUGCCGGCGCGCGUCGAGCGGGUCGAGGAGGCCGUGCAGCGGAUGCGGGCGGAGCUUCAGCACCAGGGCGCCCGGCUCGCCGGCGUGGAGAGGACACGCUGCGGCGCCAGGCGGCACGGCCGCCGGCGACUCGCCCGGGACCCGCGCCAAGCCCGCGCGGCCGGCCCACGUGGGGCUGCCGCCCGCGGGGCUGCUCCCGUACGGCAGCGCCGAGGUGGACGCGAGGCUCAGGGCGCUGGAGCGCCGCAUCGACGAGGCGGCCGCACGGGCCACCAUGGAGCAGCAGGUCGCGCUCUUCCAAGAGAGGAUGGCCGAGGUGGAGAGGAUGCUGGGGGAGCUCCGGUCGGACCCCGCCCAGCUCACCUGGUUCGCAGACUUCCUCCAGGGCGUGAAGGUCGACCAGGUGGUGAGGCAGCCCGCCGUGGCGGCCUGCCUGAAGGACUUCGCGCUGGAGGCGCUCGCGGGGGCGGGGGCCACGGCGCCGGCGCGGGCGGCCGCCGACCCGCGGGCGCUGGAGAAGAGGAUCGCGGGGUGCGAGGCGGGCCUCGAGAGGGUGCGGGCCGACCCUGGUGAGCUCGCGUGGUUCGAGGGCUUCAUGAAGGGGGUCAGCUUGGACGACGUGUUCGGCCAUAGCUCCGUGAGGGCCUGCCUGGAGGGGAUCGCGCGGGAGGUCGCGGCCGUGGAGGGGCAGCCCGACUGCCUCGCGGGGCCGGUGCCGCCCCCCCCGGUGCUCGCCGGCAGCAGGAUGAAGACCCUGGAGCAGAGGAUCGACGAGUGCGAGGGCAGCCUGCUCAAGAUCCAGUCCGACCCGGCGCAGCUGAAGUGGCUGGAGGGCUUCAUGAAGGAGGUCAAGCUGGACGACGUGCUCCGACACCCAGCUGUGGCCGCCGCGCUCGGGGAGCUGGCGCAUGGCGUGCCAGCCAAGAUCGAGGAGCAGCGCGCGGAGCUGCGCGCGCUGCAGGAGCGCGUCCAGGCCCUGGAGCCCGCACCGGCGCCCCUGGGAGGCGCGCCGGCGGCGGAGCAGCGCCACCCCGACGGGUUCACGCCGCCGCCGCGCUUUUCCCCGGGCGGCACGGCGGGGGCCGGCGGAGCGCAUCGCCGCGAGAGCGGAGAAGGACGAGGCGCAGGCCAUCGAGUCCGCCGUCACUCAGGCGCUCGAGGAGGGCAAGCUCACCGGAGACCUCGUCCCGAAGGGAUCGAGCACGACCCCGUGCACUACCUCCGAGAUGGGCGAUGCGGUCGUGGCCAGGCUGAAAGGCCCAUAGGUGCCGAGCGUGGGCGCGACAACUGGGCGGUGCGGUGCGGGGCGCAUACUUAG